ACUAUUUGCCCUGGCUGGCUUCGAACUGCAAUCCUCCUGGUCUCCGCCUCCUGAGUAGCUAGGAUUACAGGUGUCAGCCACAAGCGCCUGCCAUGACUCUAUAGUUAUUGAUCAAAAACUACCAACAGAUCUUCCAUGGAGGGACAAGUUGAAGAUCACCAAAAAAACAAACAGUUAUGGAAUUGGAUAGCUGAGUUAUUUGGAGAUAAAACUCCCAAGAAAAUCAAAUGGCGUCAGGAGAUUUCUGUUUACCUGGAGAAGGGAUGGAAAUACUACAACAAGUGUGCAGUAAACAGUUUCCUCCAUGUCACCUGAGUGAAGAGGAUCUGUUACAGAACCCGUACUUCAGCAAGCUGCUCCUGAGUCUCUCACAGCAUGUGGAUGAGAGUGGCUUAAGUGUUACCCUGGCAAAGGAGCAGGCUCAGGCAUGGAACAAAGUUCGACUACACAAGACAACGUGGUUGAGGUCUGAGAUUUUACAGAGAGUCAUUCAAGAGCUACUUGUUGACUACUAUGUGAAGACACAAGACACAAAUUUAACUUCAGAGGAUAAAAAGUUUCAUGAGACCCUUGAACAACGGCUUCUUGUGACUGAACUGACACAGAUUUUAGGUCCUAGCCAGGAAGGGGAGAUAACUCCAGUGCUAGGGCUGGAGAAGGCAGACCUUCUGGAGCUCAUGCCACCCUCAAAGGACUUUAUGUGGAUGAGAGCUCGGCUCCAGCUGGAAGUGGAGGAGCAGCUCAAGAGGAAAUGUUUCACUCUGCUCUGCUACCAUGAUCCCAAUUCAGAUGCUGACAGUGAAAUCCUGAAGGCAGCAAAAGUCUGGAAACUGGCAGAGGUCUUCAUAGAAGAGAAGCAGCAGUGCCUGGAUGCCAAGAGCCAGCAGAAAGAGCAACUGGUGCUGUUGGAGAAGAAGAGCGCCACCUACUCCCAGGUGCUUCUCCGCUGCCUUGCCUUGCUGCAGAGGCUUCUUCAGGAGCACCGGCUAAAGACUCAGUCUGAGCUACACUGCAUCAAUGCCCAGUAUCUGGAAGUCAAAUGCAGUGCCAUGAUCCUUAAGCUGAGGAUGGAGGAGCUAAAAAUUUUGUCUGACACUUACACUGCAGAGAAAGUGGAGGUUCAUCGUCUCAUUAGGGACCGUUUAGAGGGAGCCAUUCGCCUGCAAGAACAGGAUAUAGAGAAGUCACGACAGGUCCUGAACACCUAUGAGGUCCUUGGGGAGGAGUUUGACAGGCUGGUAGAAGAGUACACCCAGCUCAAACAGGCAACUGAAAACAAACGCUGGGCCCUCCAGGAGUUCAACAAGGCCUACCAUUGAGCUGUGCACUAGCAGAGCCAGGAAGCAUGGCUUCUGCCCAGCUGCUGCUGCCUUCUCUUCCUACAAAAAGGACUGCCUCAAACCAGGGGCUGCCUUCACUACAAUGGAGUGUGGGAACACUUCCUUAAAACACUGUAUCAUUUAGGCAUCCUUCUGGUUUUUGUUCCUUGUUUAUAAUGACUGAGUUUCUUCUGGAAAAUGUAGCUAUCAGAUUUAUAUAAUUUCACGUUUGUCAAUGUCAGUCCUAUAUUGUAUUUGAUUAUCUCUUAAAUAAAGUGAUGAUAUUGUGUCUUA